CCAAUUCAUAAACCAAACAUAUACAAACAUAUACACAUCAUGGACUAACUAGCAAUGGUGGUCUCUAAUAAACUCAUUAUCGUCAUUUUGAUGCUCAUAUCUUACUAUGAUAUUCGAACAGCAAGUGCAGAAGAUCAGGAACCUAACCCAUCUUUCUUAGCUCAGAAGUUCUGUUCAAGAAGUAAUUACAGUGCCAACAGUACAUAUAAAACCAAUCUCAAUCUCUUACUUUCUUCUCUUUCAGAUACAUUCAGAAACAACAACACAAUUCCUCUAAACGGUUAUCGCAACGUCACAAUCGGGGAAAACCCAGAUACUGUUUACGGUUCUUUACAUUGUAGAGAAGAUAUAGCACCAGAUAUAUGUUCAGAUUGUGUUCAGCUUGCCACCGAUGAAGUUGUAAAAGAUUCCAUGUGUCCAAAUUCAAAAGGAGCUAUCAUGUUCUAUAGUGCAUGUAUUUUAAGGUAUUCAGAUAGAUCUUAUUUCUCACUAUUGAGUGAAAACCCAUCACUUCAUUGGAUUAGUGCUCAUUAUAUCUUGGACCCGAAACCACGUAUGGAAUUAGUUACUGGAUUAUUAGAUGAUUUAGUAAUUAAAGCUGUCAUCAAUAGCGUUAACAGGCCUUCUUUAUUUGCUACUGGUGCAACAAAUUAUACAAAUUUUAGUGAUAUUUAUGGAAUGGUCCAAUGUACACCCGAUUUAACACCAACACUGUGUAAUAGAUGUCUUAGAUUGGCUAUUGGGAAAUUACCUGGUUGUUGUAAUGAUACGCAAGGGGCUAGAGUUCUACUUCCUAGUUGUACUGUUAGAUAUGAGAUUUAUACUUUUUAUGGUCAGUAUAAAUAUACUACUCGAGCAUCACCUCCAAUUCUGCAAUCAGCAUCGGAUACAGCAAAACGAAAUGGAAAUCAUUCAUUGAAACUUGCUGUGAGUGUCGCGGUUCCUUUGGGAAUUGCUGUACUGCUAUCUUAUACUGCUGUAUGGUAUUGGUUCUAUGCCCGUAAGGGAAAGAUGCUAAAUCAUAAAGAUUAUGCCCAAGAUGUGGAUCAAGAUAUUUCAAGUGCGGAAUCACUACAGUUUAACUUCGAUGCAAUAAAUAUUGCAACGGAUCACUUCUCCGAAGCUAAUAAGCUCGGGCAAGGUGGAUUCGGCACUGUUUAUAAGGGUACAUUGUCUGAUGGACAAGAAAUUGCUGUGAAAAGACUCUCUAAGAGUUCAGGUCAAGGUGAUCAGGAGUUUAAGAAUGAAGUUUUAUUAUUAGCUAAACUUCAACAUAGGAAUCUUGUGAGACUAUUAGGCUUUUGCUUGCAUGGACAAGAGAAAUUGCUCGUCUACGAACUAAUGAACUCAAGCCUCGAUCAUUUCAUAUUUGACAAUAUGAAACGGACAUGUUUGGAUUGGGAAUGUCGAUACAAGAUUAUUGGAGGAAUUGCACGAGGUCUUUUGUAUCUUCAUGAGGAUUCUCGAGUAAGGAUUAUUCAUAGAGAUCUCAAGACUAGCAAUAUAUUGUUAGCACCAGAUAUGCUUCCAAAAAUUUCAGAUUUUGGAAUGGCUAGGCUUUUUGUGGUAGAUCAAACCCAAGAUAAUACAAAUAAAGUCGUUGGAACAUAUGGAUAUAUGGCUCCAGAGUAUGCACUGCAUGGACAUUUCUCUGCCAAGUCUGACGUUUUUAGUUUCGGUGUCUUAAUUCUCGAAAUUCUUAGUGGAAAGAAGAACAUCUCGUGUUAUGAAUCAGUAAUAGAAGGUACAGAAGCUCAAGAUCUUCUAACUUAUGCGUGGAGAUAUUGGCAGAAUAAUUCAGCCCUGGAAUUCUUAGAUUCAUGUUUGAAAGAGAAAUGUUCGAGAAGCGAAGUAACGAGAUGUAUCCACAUUGCACUGUUAUGUGUUCAAGACAGUAUUGCUGAUAGACCUACCAUGGCUGUGAUUGUUAUGAUGCUUACUAGCAACUCAGUUACGCUACCUUUACCCACACGGCCUUCAUAUUUUGUGUCAGAUGAGUCAAUACUGGAACAGGUAUACGUGUAAUAGAAAUAAGACCCAAUAUUUUGAACAUUAAUAAACACUAAACUUUAAAAA